UGUAGGUUUCCAUUUAUGCGCAAGAACCAGAAAAGGGAAAAUGAGAUAUUUUUUAACAGAACUUGGGUCAUUGCUUCGUUUUCAACAGUUCAAUGCGGAGAUCAGUGAAUAGAUAUGGCUUAACAGUGUCAGGAAUUUAAAAGUUACAUGUGUUUAAACUGGAUGUAUUGUUGUCAUGUCACUGACAGAAGAAGAAACCAACUUCCUGCGGCUUACCAUCCUUGUAAUCAAGUUGUCACCCAAGGCUGUCCGAGUUUUGUUUGAUAACAAAUUUCCUCCAACAGAUCUGACGAAUAUCUUACAAAGAAAAGUCUCCAAGUUGAAAAGUUUGAAUGACAAGAAAAUUAUCAACCUUGCACAAUGGGAUCUGUUGUAUCCAGCCAAUAAAGGAUCCGGUACCUUUGAUUUGACUUUGCUCAUCUGUUUGCUUAGGAACAUAGCAACACCUGCUAUAAGAAAACCUGGAACAGGGUUUGAUCAACUACCAAAUAAUCAUGAUAUAACAGAAGGGGCUGAUUUAGCCAGAAUCAAAUGUUACAGAAAUCUUAUUGCCCAUAACACUGAUGGAUCAUUUAAUUAUACUGAGUUUAACACAGCAUGGAAUGGCUUAUCUCAGGCGAUUAGUAGAUUAGGAUUUGGUCGAUAUGACCAGGAUUGUAAUGACCUAAGAAUAGCUUGUUUGGAUGGUUCUGACAGAGAAGUCUACAGAGAAGUACUUAAUACAAAUCAAAAACUAGAACAGCUGAGAAUAGAACUUAAAGAAGAACGAGAAAAGACAGUACCCUGGACAGAGCAAGAUAGAAUUGACAAGAGAAUUCAACGAUGGGAAGAGAAGGACAAAAAGUUUAUAGAAACCGCUUCAUAUGAUGCUAUCUGGACAGGGAUUGAGCAGAAUCAAUGUGUAUUGGUAACAGGGAAUUCUGGGGCUGGGAAAUCUGCAGUCAUACAUCAUGUGGCUCUUAAGCUUAGGAGCAUUGGGUAUAAAAUACUCCCAAUUAUACAGCCAGGUGACAUUUUCCGAUAUCAUAAUCCAAAUAUAUCACAAGUUUUUGUGUGUGAUGAUGCAUGUGGAAAAUAUUAUGCAGAUACUGCUAUGAUUGAGGAAUGGAUCAGGUUUGAAGAUGAUUUGAAACUUUUAUUUGAUAACACUGAUAUGAAACUCCUAAUUAAUACAAGACUUAUUGUUUCUCAAGAUGAAUGUUUUAAAAUGAUGUUAUUCUUAGACCCAUGCAUAGUAAAUCUCAAUAGUUCACAUCAUAGAUUAAGUUUGUCUGAAAGAAAGGCAAUUUUAAAGAGGCAUCUUUUAAAUGAAGGUGAUGAUGUUGAAAAUGAUGAAGCUGAUGAAAUCCAGAUAAGCCAAGAAAGUUUGGAAAGUCAAAAUUGUUUUCCACUUUUGUGUGAAUUAUUUGGGGAAAACAAAUCUUUGAGAAACAAUCCUGAGGCAUUCUUUUCAAAGCCAUUUGAAGAAUAUAGCAAAAAUUUAGAAAGACUUAAAAUGAACAAAAGGUCACUAAAAUACUGUGCCUUAGCAAUUUUAGUUGUUUUUAAUGAUAAUUUGACUGUGAAAAUGUUGUCAGAUUUAGAAAUAGAUAAGGAAGAUGAAGAAAAAAUUGAUGCCAUAUGUGGAAAAGUAGGUCAACCAAAAGGCACUUCAAGGCAAAGUAUUAUGGAAGAACUUGAAAGUCUGGAAAAUAUUUAUGUGAGAAAAGUCAAUGGAAAGUUCAGAAGCCUGCAUGACAAGAUGUUUGACUUCCUCUCAUCAAAAAUAGGGCCAACUGUUGGACUUUGCUUACUGAAAUACUCUCCGUGUACAUUUAUUAGAGAAAGAGUAAGACUAUAUGGAGGUCAUAAAAAUGAUGACGAAAAUGUAAUUCUUCUUGAUAGUGGAUUAGAAGAUGACUAUUUCAAAAGAAUGUUUGCAGAUAUUAUGGAUGGUAAUAUAAAAGAUGUAUUUUUCAAUAAACAAAUGCAAGAUAGAUCGUUUGAAGAUGCUUUGGUCAAUCAGUUUAAAAGAAUGAGUGAUGAUGAUCUGGGAAAGAUGUUGAUGAAAAGAGGCAAUUAUUCAAAAGCUUGUGGAAAUUUCUUGCAAAGAAGCAAAGAAGCAAUUGUUUCAUUUCCGAACCUUACCAAUUCAUCUGAAGACAUGGAUGAAAUAGCAAAGUUUCAUCUUUCUUACAUGAAUUCUUUACUCUACCAAGAGGAGACUAGCACUUUUCAUUGGUUAAUGGCGCAAGGAUUAGACAGAAUUUUUAGCUAUAUUCUAGAACAAUUUCCAAAAUAUGCUGAAGAGAAAAUUAUGCAGAACUAUAACCUGUGUGUUUCAUUAGCAGUUUUAGAAGGGAAAACUGAAAUUUUGAGAAAACUUUUGGAAAAAUAUCCACAUGGGGCAUCUGAGGACGAUGAAAAUGACAAAAGAUACUAUCCGAUAUUCAUAUUUGUGUGUUUUACUGGAAACCUUAAACUUGUCAAAUUUUUGCAUGAGAAAAAACUAAUAUAUCCUGAAAAGACAGAAUCGGGAGAAUCUGCUCUUUGGGUUGCUGCCUAUUCAGGUCAGAUUGAUGUAUUAGAGUUCCUAAUUACAAAGGAGUUUCAUAUUAAUUCUGUAAACAAGCAAGACGUGACUCCUCUCUUCAUUGCUUCACAAAGAGGACAUAUAGACAUUGUAAAACUUCUUCUUCAAAAUGGUGCAGAUGUCAAUAAAUGCAAGAAAAAUGGAGCAUCUCCGCUGUUUGUUGCCUGUCAUGAAGGACAUCUGGAAAUUAUGAAAUUUCUUCAUAAAUCAAAAGCUGAUGUUAACUUAUGCAAACAUCAGAAACUUUUAGGUGAGGCUGAUAAAAUUGGGCUUCAAAUUAAGGGUAUCUCACCAUUGUUCAUAGCUUGUAAAAUUGGAAAUUCAGAAAUUGUGCAAUUUCUACUGGACCAUAAAGCUGAUACAGAGAUAUCAACAGAAAUUGGGAAGACUCCGCUGUUCAUUGCAUUACAAAACAGUCAUGAACAAAUUGCUAGACUUUUAAUUAAAGGAAAAUGUAAUGUGAAUCAUACAAUGGCUAAUGGAUACAGACCAUUAACGGUAAUUGCUGGAAAAGGGCAGGUCAAAAUAGUCCAAAUGUUGAUCGAAAAUGGAGCUAGUGUAAAUAUCAACAGUCAUGAAACAAUAAGUUCAAAAUCAAUCUGUGAGAGGAAUAUUCCAUGCAACAACAACGUUCCUCCAAGUCCACUUUCAAUGGCAUCUUUGAACAACCACUUAGAAGUAGUGAAACUUUUGAUACAAAAUGGAGCAGAUAUAGAUUACAGAGGUGUGGAGGGUGCUACUGCCUUAUUUGAAGCAUCCGAAAGAGGAAAUAUUGAAGUGGUGAAAUAUCUUCUAUUAAUGAAAGCCUCAGUAAAUAUACCUACCUAUAGGGGACGAACACCACUGUUUGUUGCAGUGCAAAGGAGAUUACAUCAAAUAGUAACUAUACUCCUUCAGAACAAUGCUGAUGUUAAUAUAUGCAGAAAGGACGGUGUUAGUCCACUUUUGAGAGCAACCAUUCAUUGUGAUGCAAAGCUUAUUGAACUUCUAUUGAGAAACAAAGCUGAUCCAAAUCUGGCAACCGCAGAAGGUCUUUACCCAAUAAUGUCCGCAGCAAGACAAGGACAUACUGAAAUAUUACUCUUAAUACUCAAAUCAGGUGCCCAAAUGGAGGCAAAAAAUAUUAAACAUCAAACAGCAUUAUGGAUAGCAGCUUUCUAUGGUAAAAAGGAUUGCGUGCAAUGUUUGCUGGAUCAUCAGGCAGAUAUAAAUUCAACUGACCAGGAUGACAAAUCGGUGCUGUUGGCUGCUUGUCGACAUGCAGAUGUUUCAUUAAUACAAUGCCUUGUUGAUGCUGGGUCAAAUGUAAAUUUAUGUAAUAAAAAGGGCAUCAGUCCGCUGUUUAGGGCAGUAGAACUUGGGAACUUGAAUGUUGCUAAGUAUCUUAUUAGUGCAGGAGCUAAUGUAAACUUACAAACUACUGACAAUGACUCUGCUUUGAUCAUUGCAGUACAUUUGUCCAGCUUAGAGAUGGUAGAACUAUUGUUACACAAUAAAGCAGAUGUUAAUGCCAUAAAUGGGAAAGGACACACAUGUCUAUGGGAAGCCAUACUGAAUGGGAAUACACAUAUAGUCUCUUUAUUACUUGACAAUGGAGCAAACUGUGAUGUAACAUUAGGAGGAAAGACUCCAAUAGUACUUGCUCAAGAAUUAAAAUAUUAUGAUAUUGCUGACUUGCUGAUUGAAAAACAGGGACGUGUUAGACAAUGGUUUAGAACAUUUGGAUGGUUGACUUCAUUGUAUUCCAAAAUCAAUAAAGUUGUCUGAUUUGAUAUGCA